AUGCAUUCCAUGCUUGCCCUCAAAUCCACCCCGACCUUGUGGAUUCUACUCACGGCAUCUACCCUGCACCUCAUAUGGACCGAGCACAACAAGGUCCAAUAUGAAGAUAAGACCCCUCUGCCUUCCACUGCCUGGAACGAGCUGUCUUUCCUUGGCUGGACGAUGUCCGUCCGCCGAUGGCUGCGCCUCCAAGACCCCGACUGUCCACUGCGCUCCUCCGUCCUGCAUGUCCUCCACACCCUCCGUGCCCCAGCCAACUACCGGCCAUUGUGGGCCAAAUACCCCUACUCUUUGCACCUUGCGCCGACCUCCGCAGCUGACCAGCGUGCCUAG